AUGACCAGAAAUCUUCAUUCCAUUUCGUCAAGAGCUUAUCAACACAAAGCUUGGACUAAUCGAGUCGUUCACAAGCGAUAUUUGGCUACUUCUGAGUGGUAUAAAGAUUUUUCGAAAACAGAUAAUCCAGCAAAGACAACACCUUCCACUUCAUCCUUGCCAACCUCUGGCUUCAAUUUAUUUCUAGACGAUCCCUUCAACUCUUCGAAUCUUAACAUUAACAAUCAGUUUGGUGGGUUUGGUUUCAAAACUCAAUUUCAUGGAACAAGUACUUCUACCGCUGCUCAGCUAGGAACUCCUCCUCAAACAAUCCAAAACUUGAUCGGUUCUGAGAAUGAAACCGGAAUGAAGGAACACCCGCCUUUGUCUCCUAUCACCGAAGAACAUUUAGCUGUCAAUGAACCUCUGAUCCGAUCAAGGAUUUGUACAGUCCUUAAACCCAGCGCUCAUCAUACUAUGAUUCAUGCUGAUAUUAUCAAGGCAAUUGGAAUUGCAGUUCCUUCCAAAGAUGAACGUAGACGACUUAAUCGACAGAUAGAUGCGUAUAUCAAACGCGGCUUUUUGGAAAAAGUGGCACCCCUUCUUCGACUCGACAGUCAUUAA